AUGGGUUCACGGGUUGACCCGGAUUUCUCAUUGCACAUUGUUGCCAUACCGUUCCCAGGAAGAGGCCAUGUGAAUCCCUUGUUGAACCUUUGCAAGAUCAUAGCCAUGGCGCGACCAGAAUUUCUCAUCACCUUCGUCGUCACUGAAGAGUGGCUCGGAUUCCUCAGCUCCGAUUAUGAUGAUGAUGCUAAGCCGGAGAACCUUCGAUUUGGCGCCAUACAUAACGUCAUUCCUUCGGAGCUGAUCCGAGCGAAAGUUUAUACUGAUUUCCAGGAAGCCGUGUAUACGGAAAUGGAAGCUCCCGUCGACCGUCUUCUUGACAGUCUUGCGGCGAGUGUUAUUAUCUAUGACCUAUUAUUGUGGUGGGUGGUGGGUAUUGGGAGUCGGAGGAAUAUUCCGGUGGCGUCUUUUUGGCCCCAGUCUCCCACCAUGUUCUCUCUUGCGUAUCUUUAUCAACUGCUUCUCGUCAACGGGCAUGUUGAUGCCGAUUUGGCCGAGAAAGGAGAUGAAAUGGUGGACUACAUCCCUGGAGUUUCUUCCAUGCUUGUCAAGGAUCUUCCGCAUAUAUUCCAUGCCAAACCUCCAGGUCCAGCUAUGCGUCCCCAUCUUCUUAGGGCUUUCUCUGCUGCACACAAAGCGCAAUACCUUCUGUUCACUUCUGUCGCGGAACUGGAAUCCACCGCCAUUGAAGCUCUCAGACCUAAACUUCAAACCCCUAUUUAUUCCAUCGGCUCUGCAAUACCUUACUUCAAUACUAACUAUACUGACCAAAGCUGCGGCCCAGAUUACCUGACCUGGCUUGAUGCUCAACCCGCGUGUUCUGUGUUGUAUAUUUCUCAGGGAAGCUUUCUCUCACUUUCAGCUGAGCAGUUGGAAGAGAUCGUCGCCGGAGUUCAAGACAGCGGAGUUCGUUUCUUCUGGGUGGCGCGUGAAAACACGGAGCGGCUGAGGGAGAGAGGUGGCAAGAAGGGGUUAAUAGUGCCGUGGUGUGAUCAACUGAGGGUGUUGUGCCACCGCUCUGUGGGGGGGUUUUGGACACAUUGCGGGUGGAACUCCAUCAAAGAAGGAGCGUUCGCCGGCGUUCCUUUUCUUGCUUUUCCGAUAGGGCUUGAUCAGCUUACAAACAGCAAGCAGAUUGUGGAAGAUUGGAAGAUUGAAUUGGGUGGAGUGUGA